GUUAUUACGCCUGAAUAAGCAAACAAUUUCAGUGGUUCUAGUUCUCAGACUUAAACAGAAAGAAACCGCGUUUUCAUUGAUAACUCCGUGAUUUUGUUUAAUCUACCAAACUCAGGAUCUACUGGAACAGCCUGACAUCUAAAGACUGCCUACUGGGAGAAAACUGGGAUUUCAUUAUUUUACAGAAACAAGAGAAGCAACAGGAGGUUGGAGCAGGCUAACAUGGCGAGCCCCAGCAACUUGCCAUCUCCCGAGCAAAUGUAAUACCUAACAAAUCUGGAAACGACAGGGGCGUCUGUUUGGAGGACUUUUACACAGCUUGGUAUUACAUGGAACACCGGAGCUGACCGGGACUACAACGCCAACGCUGUAGCCGUAUGGCGUCCACCCAAGCCCGGUUAGGCCAGCAGGCCUUAGCUUUGCUGGAUGUGGCUCUAAGAGUUCCCUGUAUUUUCAUUAUCGACGCCAUUUUUAACUCUUACUACGACCAAGGUUCGGGAUGGGCCGGGUUCACUGGAAAGGUCCUGGUCAGAGUCAUGGGUGUCCUCAUCUCCACCGUGGUGCUGCUGCUUUCCCAGAAAGCCUUGUUCAAAUUCUACACCCUCUUCCUGGCUGUCCUUCUUGGCUUGGCAGCAGUCCUCAUAAACUACUACACCACCUCACACAUAGACUUCUACAGUGCGUACUACAAAGCAGCUCUGGGGUUCAGAUUGCUGCCUCGAAAUGGGACGACGCUGUGGCUCGGCAUGGCUGCCGUCCAGCUGAUCUUCGGCAUUGCAUACGUAUUCCUGCUCAAUCUUCAGUCAGUGUUUGCGGCACUGGUGGUCUUGGACAUCAUGAUUCCUCUAUGGGGGAUGAUGAUAGAGCUUCCUGCCGAUGUCAGGCAUAUGACGGCGGUUGUCUCGGGCCUGGCGCUCGCUCUCAACACGGCCGUCUGCCUAGCCAUGAGGCUCAAGUCGUUCUACUACUCGUGUCGGUACGUCUACCUGCUGGUGCGGCACAUGUACAGGAUCUACGGGCUCCGGCUGCUGCUGGAGGACACGUGGAAAAGAAUCAGGUUCCCCGAUGUCCUGCGAGUAUUCUGGCUGACCCGGGUCACCGCCCAGGCGCUCAUACUGGUUUAUGUUGUGCGAGCGGUGAGGAAGGAGAGUGGUGAUGCAGCCGGUGGGGCAGCGGAUGGGAGCGCUGAUUCACAGGGUUACCUGUUCAGCUGGGAUGUUUUCUGGGAUCUGACAAGCAACCUGAUAAUUUCUGGAUGCGAUUCCACCCUGACUGUGUUGGGCAUGAGCGCAGUCAUCUCUUCCAUGGCACACUACCUCGGCCUCAGCAUCCUGGCUUUCAUAGGUUCCACUGAGGAAGAGGACAAGCGGCUUGGCUUCGUGGCUCCUGUUUUGUUCUUUAUUUUGGCUCUGCAGACUGGGCUCAGCAGCCUGGAUCCAGAGGAACGUUUGGUCCGCCUGAGCCGAAACAUGUGCCUUCUACUGACGGCCAUCCUGCACUUUAUCCACGGCAUGACCGACCCCGUCCUGAUGUCUCUCAGCGCAUCCCACGUCUCCUCCUUUCGCCGCCAUUUCCCCGUGCUGCUGGUGUCGGUGGCCCUCUUCGUGCUCCCCGUGGUGCUCAGCUUCGCCCUCUGGCAUCACUACGCCUUCAACACGUGGCUCUUCGCUGUCACGGCCUUUUGUGUAGAGCUCUGUCUCAAGGUCGUGGUGUCCCUGACCGUCUACGGUCUCUUCAUGGUGGACGGAUUCUCCAACGUCCUCUGGGAGAAGCUGGACGAUUACGUCUACUACGUGCGCUCCUCCGGAAACAUCAUAGAGUUCCUGUUCGGGGUCAUCAUGUUCGGAAACGGCGCCUACACCAUGAUGUUCGAGUCGGGCAGCAAGAUCCGAGCCUGCAUGAUGUGCCUGCACGCCUAUUUCAACAUCUACCUUCAGGCCAAGAACGGUUGGAAGACCUUCAUCAACCGCCGCACCGCGGUUAAGAAGAUCAACUCCCUGCCGGAGGUCCGAGGGGACCAGCUGAGGGACAUUGAAGACGUGUGCGCCAUCUGUUACCAGGACUUCGCCAACUCGGCGCGCCUCACGCCAUGCCACCACUACUUCCAUGCACUGUGCCUGAGGAAGUGGCUGUACAUCCAGGACACGUGCCCAAUGUGCCACCAGCGGGUUUACGUCGAGGAAGACGGCCGAGACAGAGCCGCCUUCUCCAACAACAACGGGGGCUAUGCAGCGCCGCAGGACGCCGCUGCCGCCGGCCCACCAGCGCAGCCUGACAACCAGCAGGGACAACCGGUUGCAGACCUGCUGCCAAACGGAGCGGCAGGCGGUGCGCACGCUGCGGGAGAGCCGCCCCGGCUCGACGACCUGGUAGAGGACAAUGACAGCAUAGAGUAUGACGAAGACGAGUGGGGGACUCGCACGCCUGUAGAAGAAGAAUAUAUGAACGACGACACAGACUCUACAGACGACUGAGAGGAUCUAUAGAAAAUGACACAGAUAUAUCUUUAUUAUAUUUAAGUUAAAAAGAACUACUAAAAACACUUAAUUUGUUCUCGGAAAAAUGUCAGGGAUCUCAGUCUGAUUCUCCUUAGUUUCUUUUUGAGUUUUACUCUCUAAGGGCUUGUGGAAAGAAUAAUAGCUGCUCUCAUUCUGUGUGUGUGUCGAGUGGAUGUGUGUGCAAGAUGUAGACCAAAAAGAUCCACAAUAUUUUAUUUAAAUUGAACAAAAAGUUAUUUAAAAACAAAGUUUCCCAUGAUGGCAUAGCUUUUCUUGAAGGGAAUUUCUCAUCAUCCUGGCUUAGUUAUCAAAAUUCAUCUUUAAAGGCCUCCAUGAAAACGGUGUUAUGAUGACGUCUCUGUGCCGACGAUUAACGUUUCAUAAAAAUGUCGAUCAUGCUUCCUUGUAAUUUGCAGAAAAUGCUGGAUGGUAUAAAUGUUCAAUUUUUUUUUAAUGACUAAUCACAUUCAAUUCUUAAGUUUAUUAGUUUUUCGAUCCUUUUUUUGUCAUCUCAUAAAUCUGAAUCAUUGAUAACCCUGCUGUUUUCCGCUUUGCCAAAAAUAUUUGGUUUUCAAUCAAAAGUAUCUGAUUUAACAUGCUAAGUGUUUUUUGUUUUGUUUUUAUUUAGAGCUACAGAAACUUCUAACCACAUCUCUUCUCUCCUCAUAGUCCAACAUUUAUAUCAAGAUCAGCUCAGAUUAUGGUUAAACUCAGUAUUUUUGGCCUUUUUAUUUAUUCAUGCAAGUGAAAGCCUUGUGAGACGGCCCAGUGCGAGGGCUCGCACUGAUGGGAAAACUGAGGCGUGUCUGAUUAAUUAAAGAAUAAUUUACUACUGUCGUCCCUGAUAUACCUCCCAUUGCUAACUACUGGUCUCUUCUGUGACCUCGCUUACUGUGUACGUUGUCGUACAUAUAAUGAAACCUGUUCACAUUUUAAUAUGAGAGGUUUCAGGUGAUUUGUUAAUAUUUACACAUUUUUCUGCAGUUGUUCAAUUUGGUUAAAUGCUUGUUUCAGGUGAGGAAAGACUACUGGUUCUACAAAUUAAAAAUCAUACUUAUGGUAAAAUUGCCAACUGAACUUUUUGAAUUACUUGAAAGGGAAAAAGUAUUUUUUAUAUAUAUAUAUCAGGUAAAAUAUUUUUUUUUUCUCCAGAUGGCUCUAUCAGUCUUGAAACACUUGUUUCUAAGUAGCAUCACUUCUCAAUGUGUCCCUUGUGCAAUAUGGCUAAAGCGGAAAGCUUAUUGUCUCAUGUCCUGGGUCUUAAACCUCCGAAUAUAACUCGAAUCCUUCUACAUGGGACCUGAUCAAGUCUGGGGAAUGCAAUGAAAGGUGAUUCAUAUAUGAAGCAUUUUGAUUAGUCGUUUAAAAUCAAAGCUUUUUGAAAGGCUUUUCGGUUUGCCUUUUGUUUUGAAAAGACUGUGUAAA